AAACCGAGGCAAAAUGGUCGUCAACGUGUUCAUCUCGGCUGUGACCACUGACACGCUGAGCCGGAAGGAAGCAGUUGCUUGGGUCAAUAACCUACUCAAGAGUCACUUCACCAAAGUGGAAGAGAUGGCGUCUGGAGCCGCGUACUGUCAGCUCACUCAUCUCUUGUUCAACGCCAUCAACCUGAAGAAGGUCAAAUUCAACCCACGGAGCGAGCCCGAUGUUCUGAACAAUUGGAAGGUGCUCACAACGACCUGGAAGGAUCUCGGCAUUGACAAGCCGGUCGAUGUCGAGAAAAUGAAGAAGGCCAAGUUCCAGGACAACAUGGAGUUUUUGCAAUGGUUCUACAAGUUCUACAAUGCGAACCUGACCACGGAGCCAGAAGAAUAUGAUGCAGUUGGUGCUCGAUUCGGAGAGGACUUGCCCGCUCUGAAAGGAUCCACAGGCUCUCGUCCAGUUGCUGCUCCUGCUAGACCGGUGGCUGCCGCUCCGCCAAAGCCAAGGCCUGCUGCGCCAGCGGUUGCGGCUCCAGCUGUGAAAGCAUCAGUUCCACCGACAGUUCGCAACGGCACCCGGCCCGCUCCAGCGACAUCAGCCGGAACUCGACGCGCUGACCCAUCUGCAAGCGAAGAACUUCUCAAACAAGAAAUCGAGAAACACAAGGCCGCCAGUGAUGAAUGGGAGACGACGGCCAAGGAAAUGGAGACAGAACGAGAAUACUACUACUCAAUUCUUCAGCGUGUCGAAAGUCUUGCCAACGAAGCAGAGGAGAGUGGUUCCAGUACGGUCGACGUGGCGGCUCUGAAGACGAUUCUCUACGCCGGAAACGAGGACACUGAGCAGGUCGAUGAAAUCGAAAACGAACAUCUUGUCGAGUCUCUGCAGGCAAAUCUGGACGAUACGGAGACUUUCUAAAUAUUGUUGUUUCCCAUUGCUUAUCCUAUCCCCGUAUACUCACGAUUCCCAUCAAUUUCUGCUCGUUUUAAGAGCACACUCCCCCCGCUUCAAUGUGCCAUCGAUUUCCACAUUAAUUUAUUAUCAGCAAUCACUUCAUAUUUUCUGUAAAAUAAGCAUAUUCGGCGAAUAUUUUUUAUUUAUUUCAAGCCUUGGAAAUAAACAAGGAAUCGCAA